GAAAUUCCAUGGCUCCCUCCUUUACAGUUACUUUUACUUCUUUUCCUUCGUUUAGUAUUACAGUGAUGACUUAAGUAAACGAGGUGAUGUAUUCUGUAACAAUUAAGCGGAUAGUUUUAAUAAUGUAAUGGUAAUUGUGUUUCCGUAAUUUUUAGGAUAAUUAUACAAAGAAUCAUGCACAACCUUAAUUCUCCAACAUGGAUUGUCUUGGGAUUAGUCACAUUGUUUUGUAAAGCAUAUGCGACAAACCAUCCUCCGAUUUUAACUUCUGAAAUCAAUAGCCUAGUCAUAUCGGAAAAUACAGCGCUUGAUACAGUUGUGGUGAAAUUAGAAGGACACGAUCCUGAGAAUAGCACUGUUAAGUUUGGGCUAUAUGGAACAGAUCUUUUAAAUGUGGAUUCUUCGACAGGGGAAAUUAAAGUAGUCAAACCUUUGGAUCGUGAAAUCAAUGAUACGCUACAUUUUUUUGUUACUAUCGAGGAUGAAGUUAAGGAUGCUCCUGUUGGAGGAAAUAAUAUUGUGACUGUACCUGUUACUGCAAUAAUUCUGGACGAAAACGAUCAUCCACCAUUAUUUCAAAAUGUGCCAUAUUUUGUCUACGUAAAUGAAAGUACACCAGUUGGAACAGUUAUAUUUUCCGAUGUAUUAGCUACUGAUGUGGAUACUGUGGGCGAUGCCAUAGAGAUGGAAUGUUUGGACCAUCCAGAUUUUACAAACGCAUGCCAUACAUUUUCUAUUGUUACUAUAGAAUCAACCCAAAAUAUUUAUCGUGGUGCAAUUAAGUUGAAAAAAGAACUAGAUUAUACAGUGAAAUCUGAAUAUAAAAUACUUUUAAAAGCAAUGGAUGGAGAGCUAAACACCACCGUAGAAGUUGAAAUACAUGUAUUAGAUAUCCAAAAUACACCUCCUGCUUUUAUCGGACUCGCAAAUGCCGAAAUUUUUGAAGAUGCGCCUAUUAAUACCCUUGUUUUUACUCUCCACGCGGAGGAUGGAGAUCGUGGUGCGCCGCGUAGUAUAAUUUAUGAAUUAGUGAACAAUCCAAUGGAUUAUUUUUUAAUUGAUGCCAACUCUGGUCAAGUUCGUACAGCUCGUCCUUUGGAUAAAGAGGCUAUUGAUAAUCCUUUGGGAUUGCUAUCAUUAGAAGUAAAGGCAAUUGAAGUUACAAAUGGGAUUCCAUCAAAUGAUUCUCUAUCGUUUACAACAGCAAUAGUAAAUGUAACAGUUAAUGAUGUGAAUGACGAGCCACCAUCGUUUAAUAAAAAGGAGUAUUUUGUGGAAGUACCGGAAGAUAUUAGAAAUGGUGACGUAUUACCAAAUUUAAACAUGCUGGUUUCAGAUCCUGAUGUGGCAAAUAAUUCUGUUUUUGAGUUACAACUAGAUGACAUAUCUCACUCUUUUAAAAUAUUACCUGAAAUCAUCUUCGGAUCAAGCGAAGUCACUAUACAAGUCGUUAAUAGUUCCUUAGAUUAUGAGGAUGUGAAUCAGCGAAAAUUUAUCGUGCUCGUAAUUGCCAGAGAGAUUUAUACGGAUCCAAAGUUGUCAUCAACAGCUACCAUUACAAUUACAGUGACCGAUGCAAAUGAUAACUCGCCUACAUUUGAACAAAAGUCCUACUCUGCCAUUGUGUCAGAAGUUGCAUCGUCUGGAACUGUGGUAACAACAAUUCUCGCUAAAGAUCGGGAUAGCAGUAAAUUCGGCGAUCUUGGUAUUAUUUACACACUGAGCGGCCUAGGUUCGGAAAGAUUUGAAGUUAAUAACCGCACAGGUGUCAUAACCGUUGCGGAAUGUUCUGAGCCCGGUGCUGUGGGCUGUUUAGAUUACGAGACUAAACCAGAAUACAUUCUCUAUUAUAACGCAACUGAUAAUGAAGGGAAAGGGCAUACAACACAAGUUCCACUGAAAAUUGUCCUGAUUGAUAGUAAUGAUAACGCUCCCAUGUUUAAUUCAUCCUUGUACAAUAUUUCUAUAAGCGAAGGAGCGGCUAAAUUUGAUCCAGAUUUGGUUGUAGAAGCGAAAGACAUUGAUAAGACGUCUCACGUAACCUAUUCCAUUAUCGCUGGCAAUGAAAAUGGUUUGUUUAAUAUCGAUUCUAAUAGUGGUAAAAUUAGAAUUGCAAGUAAUCAAGUAAUUACGUUUAGUAAUGAUGUAACAGAAAAUAAUAUACCAUUAACGAUUGAGGCAACUGAUGGCAAGUUUACAAGUAUUACUGUUGUUAACAUCAAUGUUAACGAUAUCAAUGAUCAUGCUCCGAUGUUUGAACAAGGCAGUUAUAACAUUUCUGUUCCUGAAGACAUUUAUAUAGGUACAAGCGUGGUUCAACUACAUGCAACUGAUGAAGAUGCUGGGACAAAUGCUGAAAUUAGUUACUAUUUAAAGAAGGGUGCACUAACUGAUUUUACAAUUGAAAACGAAACAGGGGUAAUUCGUGUUGCUAACAAACUAGAUUACGACAGACAGCAUAUAUAUCAUAUAGAAAUUGUUGCUGCUGAUGGAGGGGUAGUGAGCUUGAGUAGCACAAACAAUUUAACAAUUCACAUCAUUAAUGUUAACGACAAGUCACCUUACUUUGUUCCAACCAACCAGAAAGCUGAGAUUAUGAAAGAUGCCAAAUUAGGAACUGUGGUGCACUCUCUUUCCGCAUUUGAUCCUGAUAUAAGUUCCCCAGAUGCUUUAAAUUAUGAAAUUAUAGAACCCAUAGUAGGAACAAAUAAAUAUGGGGAGCCCGCGGCCAAUGAAUCAUACAGAUAUUUUUUCUCGGUAGACAAAAGUACUGGCAAUGUUUCAGUGCAAAGUAUUCUGAAUCGAGAUGUCGCCGCUACUGUGCAGCUCACUGUUCGAGUCACAGAUGUCACAGCUGCAAAUCCACAACAUGGUGAAGGUAUCUUGUCAAUUAAUAUAAUUGACAUAAAUGAUCAUCCACCAAUAUUUCUUCCUCCUUGGACAAAGGAAAUGCCCCAGUACAAUUUGCAGUUGGAAGAGGAAUUACCUGUCGGAACAAUAGUAGGAACAUUUACAGCUGUUGAUGAUGACUCUCCCAUUGCAGGCUACUCAAUAGAACCAAAUAUGUAUUUCGAAAUUAAUAACGGAACAGGAAUUGUUCAGUUGCAAAAGAUGAUCGACUAUGAAAUGAUUACAAAAUUAAAUUUUACAAUAUAUGCAUAUGACUCUGGUAUUCCUCAACUGAAUACGUCAGCAUUCAUAGACAUAACGGUUCUUAAUAUUAAUGAUAACUCUCCAAUAUUUUCGGAAACCUCUUACAAUGCCACUGUGGACGAAAAUUCGCCCAAUGGAACAUAUAUUGUAACAGUGCACGCAGACGAUUCAGAUGCCGAUGAAUAUGGAGUUGUCUCGUAUAGUUUGCUCGGUGAACAUAGCGAAAAUUUUGAGAUAUCUUCACAUUCUGGAGAAAUAUCAGUUAAAAACCCAUUGUUUUUGGACCACGAGAUGUUAAAUGAAACUGUUAUUCAAGUUAUGGCAAGUGAUGGUGGAGUUGGAAAUUUAAGACGGACAAAAUCCGUACCUGUAUAUAUCGCGGUAGCAGACAUAAACGACAAUGCGCCAGAAUUUAAUCAAUCAAUUUAUAACACCACCGUUAGCGAAAAUGUGAGGUUUAAUCCACCAUUCAAAAUCACACAAGUUUUUGCCACGGAUGACGAUGCUGGAAUUAACGGAAAUGUUAUUUAUACAAUCCAUUCCGGAAAUGAUGAUGAUAUUUUCUUAUUGGGCGAGGAUACAGGAAUUUUAUAUGUUCACAAAUCAUUAGCAGGAAGAACAGGAACGUUUAGUUUACUGGUUGAAGCACGCGAUGGAGGCAAUCAACCGUUAACCGAUACAUGCAUUGUUAACAUUAAAGUUGUGAACGUUAACGAUCACAAGCCAAACUUCAUACAUCCGAUGUCUACCAGAUCAGUUAUCGAAAUUACAGAUACUCCCAUCGCUGAUUAUCUAGUAAUGACUGUGAAAGCUGCUGAUAAAGAUAAUGGUGAAAAUGGUCGAGUUACAUACCAUUUUAAACUGAAUGAUGAAAAUGUUCAAAUGACUGAUGAAUUUAUUAUAAAUCCAGAUACUGGAGAUUUGCGGAUCAAAACAUAUUUAGAUAAUAAGAUUCAAGACAAGUAUGAGGUAAGUAAAGAAAAAUAUUUCAACAAAAAGAAACCGCAUGGUGAUGAAUCGGUGGCUGUAGACUGGAUGCGUCGUUUUGCUUUACGUGCCUUCAUCAAGCAGUCAAUCGUGUUUCCACAUAAACCUCAUAAUUUAUCGUAG